AUGGUACAUCUUCAUUUUCCAUCAAGAGUCGUUGUAUACAUGUCAGAAGAACGAUUCCUUGAGCAAUUUAAGGAUAUCUGCACAAAAGGUCAAGAUUGCCAAUUGGAAGAUGAAGAAGCUUCAAUGACAAUAGAUACUGAUUCUGAUAGUGACAAAGAUGUUGAGGCAGGGAAGAAAGACAACAAGGGAGAUGAAAGUGUUAAGGAGAAUAAGUCAAAAGGUAAUGAUCAUAAGGCUACUGAAAGCUCUGUUAAAAACUCUUCAAAUCAGAGUAAGAGUGAAGAUAAGACGUCUAAGAAGAGGAAGCCUGAAAGAGAAGAUUCCAAAGAUGAAAAUUCAGAAUCAUCGACUGCAUCAACAUCAAAGUUAAAGAAAAAGUCUAAGAGACGCAAAAAGAAGAGUCAUGAAAAGGAGCAGUCAAAGAAAGACUCGUCGGAUGAGGAUAAGUCGUCUAGUGAUGACGAAAUUAAUAAGAUUAAUAAGGUUGCUUCUCACAUUCCUACGUAA